CUUAAAGACUACUUCAGUAUUUUAGUCGAGUACGAACGAUUUUUGGGCGGUAAAUCCGAAAAUUGUUCCUACUCGACUAAAAUACUAAAGUAGUCCGAACUAUAAGCGUAAGUACUAAAGACUACUUCUUUAGUAUUUUAGUCGAGUAUGAACAAUAAACACCUGAUAACUUAAUAAUAAGAGCGGGAUGGGUAUAUCAAUACUCUAUUAGACAUAGAUUUACGAUUCGGUACAAAUACCUAAUAAUUCUAUGCUAUUAAAUCAUCCGAUCUACAGUAGAAAUUCUAAUGAGUUGGUGACACUCAUUAGUCGAGUAAGACCUUAAAUUUACGAGUCGGUACAAGUACUAUUACUAUUAGUGAGACGAAUAUGAUCGUCCUAUUCGUGCACAAGUUAUUGGCCAGUAUCUAAAUUAACCUCAUAUACACUGAAACUAACUGUCUGUGGUCUGUUUUUAUAGAAUAAAAUGUAAAAAUAUAAUAUGUGAUCUGUGACCGCAACCUUCAUUUGACUUGACGUUUGUGACCGAAAGUCAAAAAAAGUAAAAACGAUUCCAUUCGAAAACAUUUUGCGAGAUUUAUUUUGAUAUUUUCAUAAUUUUAAUAUUGUCUGCACUCUGCAUCGAUUGACCAAUAAUUUUACAAGAUUUAGUUCAUGUGAAGUAUGAAGUCGUAAGAAGUUUUGUAUUUGCAACAUUUAAGAGAACGAAAACAAUUUAGAUCAAGAAAAAUGUGCAAAAUACGUUUAUUUUUGUUUCGGAAAUUAUAACACAGUAUGCCGCCACGAAAAGUUAAUAAUUUACCAAAGAAAGGCGCAGAGAUAAAGUCGCGAGGCCGUGAGAAGAUAGUAAAGAAAGUACUAAAAACACCAUCAGUAUUGAAACUAAAAUUUAAGUUACCAAGUGUCAAAAACAUACAAAACGUAAAUGAAGAUGGUCUACUAAAUAAUCUUGGAAAUGAAAAUAAAAAUACAGAAAUUGUGACCAAAACUAAGAAGAAACCUGUCACUAGAAAAAAAGCAAUUGUAAAAAAGCAAGGAGUUAAAAGGAAGAAUCAGAAUGGAGAACAAACUACAAAUAAUGAUGUACCUGUGAAAAAAAGGAUUCGAGCUAAAACUGCACUCAAAAAAGAUAAUGCUGUUAAGACUAAUGAUGCCGUAAAAGAGGAUGAAACUAAUUAUGAUGUUCCAACAUUAAAUGAGAACUAUUAUAAAAUUUUAUUGGCAAAUGAAGUUGUCAAUUCACAGUUUACAAAAAAAUUCAAACACAUAGACCAAUUACCAGUUGAACAGGGUUUACAAGAACCCACUACAACUAAAAAAAAGAAAUCAGUUUUGAAUAACAAAACUGUAUUACAAAAGAAAGUCCCCAAUGAUAAAGUACCUGCAACAAAAGAGUUAAUAAAGACUAAAAAAUGUAGUCAAUCAAAGAAAAGAUGUAAUAAAAAAAAUUCUUUGGAAGAAAUUGACAUACAACCCAAUGUAACAACAAAAGUAAACGAACUUUCGGUUGAGUCCAUGAAUACCAAAAAAUGUAGCCAAGAAAAGAAAAGAUGUUAUAAAAAAAAAUCUUUGGAAGAAAAAAGAACAAAAGUUUCAGUUGAACAUGUGUUGCAAGAAAAUAAAGAGAUUGUAAAAAAGAAACAAAUUUCUACUCGUAAACCAGCUUUAAAAAAUAAGGUCUUAAAUGUAAAAAAAGAAGUAAUAAAAUUACCAAAAACUAACAAGAAAUUUGGCCGACCUAGGAAAUUGCCCAUUGUAAAUGCAUUUAAAGAUAAUAUUGGUCAAAUUAAUGUUACUGGAAGUACUGAAUCAAAAGAUGAUAAAAAUAAAAUGAAUAAUCAAAUAAAUAGUGAAGUAUCUGAAAAACGAAAGCUUAAUUUAAGCCUUAUUCGUAAAAAUGUAAGUGCUGGACCUGAGUCACAAAAUCAAUUGAAUGGCUGUGUAAAUGAGAUCCAAGUACAUAACACUGAAGAAAAAUGUAUAAAAGAUACAUUUAACAUAAGAGCGUCUGACGCGUGCUCAGAUAUGUCAUGGCUUAAAGAUAUAUCUAGCACUAGCAACUCUUCAACUGUAACAGCAGUUAAGUCAAAUGAUUUUUACUCUAUUGAUAAUAAAAUGCCAGUGUUACAGUUAUACAACAUUGACAAAAGUAUAUUAAGAAAAAACAAUAAAUAUUUAGGUGUUAGUAAUACUCGUACAGAGACCCCAAAAAGCGUACUUGACCAAAACAAAGACAGAUCGAUUCAAGAAACUGUGAUAAAUAAAGAAAGUGAUAAACAAUAUGGUUCAGAUUUUCAACCCAAUAAAGCAAAUUCGAUUUCAGUAUCAUCAAAAAGAUUAUCAGUACCUAGUAAAACGGAAAAUAUUAAAACUACGAGCAAAGAAAACUCUACAAGGAGUUCUUUACAAAGAUGUAACAGUUCAUCCUCGUCUAGCUCCAGUUCAACUACAUCUAGCUCAAAUUCUUCAAGCAGUUCAAGUAACAGUUUGUCUAAAGUUAGUUGUGAUAAAAAUUUGGAUAGCAACAAAAAUAUGUGUGGGCAGGGCUCUGGUAGUAGCACUGGCAAAACAUUGAAUGAAAAAACUGCUCUAGGAAAAUUGGUUUUAAAGUUAAAAACACAUAAUAGCAAAAUUAAAAAUUACCAAUGCAACAAUGAAAACACCAAUCGUGCUGAGACUGUGAAUAAAAUGCAAGAUAAAAUAUUUAGAGACGAUAUUUUAAAAUUUGAAACGGAUUUGUACAGCCUGUGUCAAUCCAUAAAACGUUUAGAAGUUUAUGAUGUAGACAAAUAUUUCAAUUGCAAUGAAAUUAAAAAAUCAAACUAUAUAUCUCGUCCAGUAGAACCAGUGGUUUUGAAUUCUGAAGAUUGCCAUACAACAACUGAACAUCUCAACAGUGACGCUGGAGAUAACACAGAAAAUAUUGGUAACACCAAUUUUGAUAAUUCUCCUAAAGAAGCAGAAGCAGAAGCAGAAAUUUCUAAUGAAAGAACAAAUCAAUCAGAUAGUUGCUUUUUCUAUGACAAGAGUAACUUCACUUCUGCUGCAGCUGAUGAUGAUGACGAUGAUGCGUUAUCUCUUUUUGCAGAAAGUUUUACAGAAUGCGAACCCUCUCGAAGAAACAGUGUUUUUAAUUCAGAAAUGUCUCAGUAUGAAGAAUAUAUUCCACGUCCAACAGUAAAUAAAUUCAGCAGCAGCGCUGUUAACUACCAGCCUACGAAAAUAUCAAAUAAAAAUAUAGAAAACAAAAAACUACAAUGUACCAGUCCUUGUGAAAUUCAGUACUCUACGGAAAUAUUAAAUACAAAUAUACAUCAAUGUUCCAGUUCUUCUGAAAUACAGAAAGCAGAUUCAACAUCAGAUUUUUCACAAAAGCCCUCUAGAUUGCCAAUAACAGAUCCUAAAAAAACCUGGACCUCGAGUUCAAGCAGUCCGCGUCUAAUGGCAUCAAUACACAAACCUAACCAGCGACAAAAAAAUUUAAUUUUUUCGGGCUACUGUUUUUUUAACCUGGCAUCCACUUGCCAAAGACCCAAUUGUUUAUUCUCUCAUCGUAAUAUUAAAACUAUGACUGUUGAAAAUUCUCUGAAAACACUCAGCGAAGAGAAGUUCAUCCAAGAGUAUAUGCUUAUACGACAUUGGGGUAAACUCAAACGCAAUUACGGCUUAUGUUUCGUAGAAGAAUGUAUACGUCGCGAACUUACCAGGAUCUUGGUGGAAAUGGCGAUAGACUUUAUUGUUAAACCCAACGAUGUCACGUCGGAUGUGGUGGACAAUGUGCUAAUGUACCUAAACAACGUUGAUUUAUCUGUUUGUGACGAUUUACUGAGAUACAAUCUAAGUAGAAAUAAACAAUGGUUGUGUGACUAUUUCAUGAGUGUUAUUGCUACAUCGCAAAACUUUUCGCGAUUCAAAUCUAUUUUUGUAAAAUUGACGGAAUUUAUGCAUCAAAAUGGAAGGACGUUUAUGGUUGAUAUUGCAGAAUCUGUCCUCGAGCGUUUGUGUAUCUUGCCGUAUGAAGAAACAUUAGCUCGGUCUUUAAUCACUAUAUUGAAAAAUAGUGAUGUGUCAGUGUUUUAUAAUGCAAAGAUCAGUUAUUUCGAGAGGCAACUGAUAGCUGCUAAUAAUAAUAAUCUGUACCGUGAGUUCAAACUGCUUAAAGAUCACGCUUUAGCUAAGCAACCAGUUCUUGGAAACCAUUAUGAACCUCAAAAUCAGGAUAUUGAUAAUCUAAAUUCAUAUUCUGGACAUGUAGAGAAAAACAAGUCGAAAUUGCUUGAAGAUCAAGCCAAUCAAACGAAUCUAGGGAACCCUUAUGAAACUAUAAAUGAGCCAGAUCAGAAUCAGGAUAUAGAUAGUGAAAAUUCAUAUUGUGAAUAUGCAGAAAUAAAUGGGUUUAAAAUGGUUAAAAAUCAAGCCUUAACUCAGCCACUGAACCUUGGAAGCCAUUAUGAAACUACAAAUAAGACACUUCAGAAUCAGGAUAUAGAUAGUCUAAAUCCAUAUUCUGGACAUGCGGGUAAAAAUUUGUUCAAUUUGUUUGAAGAUCAAGCAUUAGCCAAUCAAACAGUUCUACGAAACCCUUAUAAGACUAUAAAUAAACCAGGUCAGAAUCAGGAUACAGAGAGAGUAAAUUCACAUUGUAGGUAUGCAGAAAUAAAUGAGUUCAAAAUGGUUAAAAAUCAUGCUUUAACUCUGCCACUGAACCUUGGAAGCCAUUAUGAACCUACAAAUAAGACACUUCAGAAUCAGGAUAUAGAUAGUCUAAAUUCAUAUUCUGGACAUGCGGGCAAAAAUACGUUCAAUUUGUUUGAAGAUCAAGCUUUAGCCAAUCAAACGGGUCUACGAAACCCUUAUAAAACUAUAAAUAAACCAGUUCUGAAUCAGGAUAUAGAUAGAGUAAAUUCAUAUUGUGGAUAUGCUGAAAAAAAUAAGUUCAAAAUCGUUAAAAAUCAAGCUUUAGCUAAUCCACUGAACCUUGGAAGCCCUUAUGAACCUACAAAUAAGUCACUUCAGAAUCAGGAUAUAGAUAGUCUAAAUUCAUAUUCUGGACAUGCGGGCAAAAAUACGUUCAAUUUGUUUGAGGAUCAAAGUUUAACCAACCAAACGGUUCCACAAAACCUAUAUGAAAAUAUAAAUGAGCCUCGUAGGAAUCAGGAUGUUGAUAGAUUAAAUUCAAAUUCUGGACCUACCGAGAAAAGUAUUAUACCUCAAGUGACAGAUUUAACUAAUGUGAACAAUCCACCCAUCGUGACUAAAUUUAAAAGAACUUUUAAUAUGGAAAAGUUAAAGCACUUAGGAUUCAUAAACACGAAAAACAACGCUGAUGUAUCCACGGAUCGCACAGAAACUGCAAAUGCAAAAGAAAAAUACAAAUUGGGAAUUUUCGAAAACUGCAGCAAUACUGACAAACAAAUUAAAUGGCAGAGGAACUAUGAAAUGUUUUGUAACCGGCCGAUACGACCGCCCAAGAGACGUUCCGAUCAAAUUGACGAAGGAAGUGCACCUAAAUACAAAUGGAAACAAAACUUCUACCAUAAAAGGUUAUAAUACAUUUAACAUUGUGUAUACUUAAGUUUUGUCUUUAUGGUCUAAGAUCCGGCAUUAGAAAUAUAUACCCUCAUCUGUUAUUUACUAGUUAUAAGAAAUAAAUGAUAGAUAACAUUCACCCAGGUAGUUUAGUUUAGACAUAUUUUCUGUACAAAAUCUAGGAAACCAUAACUAGAUCAAAGGCAUCUAAAUAAUUUAAUAUAGUUAAAUUAAGCAUAAUGAGCUUUAAUUUGACGACUAAAUAACUAAUGAGUGUAUAUAAAUAACACUAUUCAACUAUUUAUAUCUGGCAACCCCACAUUUGCAGUGUGAAUGCAUGCAAACUUUCAUCAUUAUCAAGCCAUAUUCGGCUCACUGCUGAGCUCGAAUCUCCUCUCAGAAUGAGAGGGUUAGGCCAAUAGUCCACCACGCUGGCCCAAUGCGGCAGGCAAAUUGUCAGACUUCACACACGCAGAGAAUUAAGAAAAUUCUAUGGUAUGCAGGUUUCCUCACGAUGUCUUUCCUUCACCGUCUGAGACACGGGAUAUUUAAUUUCUUAAAAUGCACACAACUGAAAAGUUGGAGGUGCAUGCCCUGCCCCAGAUUCGAACCCACCCUUCGGAAUCGAAGGCAGAGGUCAUAUCCAGUGGGCUAUCACGGUUCUCAAGGCAAACUUUACGUUAUCAAAUCUGCUGGGUAUAUUCUUUUAACUAGUGUAUUAUUUUUUUAAUUAACCAAUGAGGGAAGUAUAUUAAAAAAGUUAAUUAAUAAAAAUUAAUUAUUUAAUACUACCCGGCCGCAGUUUAAUGUUUAAUUUAUUUGUUAUUUCAAAUAAAUAGCAGAUGAGGGUAAAUAUUAUUUAUGCCGUAUCUUGUACUAUUACUGAAUAUGUGUGAACGGUAAGCAAUGAUUGAUUGCUUGUAAAUACGUGUAACAUAUAUUUAAUAAGUUAAGGGCUCUAUUGUAUUAAGGCUAAAAUAGUUCAGCAUUUUUAAGGAAAGACCCUAGUCGUCGCAUUAAUCAAUUAUAGUUUAGUAUUUCUUGUUUUUUUUUUUCGGUAUCAUAGUCCAUCCACUGAGAGAUUACAGCCAGUCUGUAAUAAUUUAAAAAAAAAUUGGUGCUUAUUUAUUAACACACUGACCCCUAUUUAAUGUGUGGCUCAAUCCAUAUUAAUAUUAUGAAAGCGAAAGUAAGUCUGUAUUACGUAUAGGAAAAGUGAUAAGUGGGCCCUUUUAGCUGAACAAAGUCACACGCACAAAUGGGGAUGAUGACUAGGUCACAGAAUAAAGAAUGAUUCAGAAUAAGUCUUUAAAAGCAGCGUAGUGAAGCCGGUGUUAACCAUAAAAAAACAAACGCGUCUCCUUGACAUCCGCACAUACAAGCUUUUUUCGUAAUUUAUAUUUCAAAAUUUUACACUAACAACAAUUACUUAAUAAUUGAUAAUUACCAAUAAAAAAUACUCAUUCUUAUUUCUUUAGUUUUUCUAAACGGUUUUUAAAAUAUUUAAAAACAUAAGACGCCAUUUUUUUUUAAUAUUGAAAAUUACUGAUCCGGCGCUUCGUGUCGUACUGACUCGAGCAGUAUAAACAUACACGCACAAAUAAUAAUAUUAUUUGUAGUUUAGACCUAACAACCAAGUAUCUAACGAUCUCACGAAUCGAUGACGUCAUAACUCAAUAUUAUUUAGUAUGGAGCGUUUUUGGUUUUUGGUAGCGCCGCAAAAAUGAACCUUUAAAUCCCUGCAAGUCCGUAAUGAACGCAGAUAUCCCAUUACUUCUACAAAAUUGCUUUGUUAUUAUCAUACUCAUAAUUUAUAUACAAUUUAAAAAACUGUCAUCAUCCCUAUUCACGCGAACGGGGUCAGAAUAGGACGCUCGCGACUUCGCGUUAAAAUAAAAACUUACAAAUUCCGCGGUAGUUGCCUAGGGAUAAAAAUAGCUUGUGUAUAUGUAUUUAUCAUAUAUUUAGAUUAUAAUAUUGCAUCCAUUUUGAAUACCAGACGAAUUCAAUUUCAUUCAGUCACAAUUUCUGAAAUCGGUCCAAUAGUUUCGUACCCUUUUUGUAAACAACGUACCAAAAUAACAAUCACCUCCAUUUUAUAUGUUAGGUUCGAUGUCUUUAUUAUUUACCUAUUUUACAAAAUUUUACAUAAAGAGCUGGUUAACUUUGUAAUAAAAGCUAUAGGCCCUAUAAAAAAUUAAAAACUUCUUUCUAAAUUACCGCUUAUUUAAACAGACAUGAAUCUCCAUCCGGAUUUGGUAAUUGCUAAUCCAAAACGAGCCCAGAAUAGUUGUAAAAUGGAGGUCAGUGGGUUGACAUCGUUAAAAAUAGUUUGUGCAACAUUUAUUUUUUGUAAAAAAAGGCUGCUAUUGUGCAUACUUAAGCGUAAUUCGUGUAUAAAUAAAUGUAAUUUAGUAUUGACGCCGGCAAAUAACUUUAACCAUUAAUUUUUCAAUUCAGUUCAAAAAUUCAAUUAGAAUUACAGUUAGCAGAACAAGUAUUAACUAAAAUGUUAAAUGUGCUACUGCGACUAGAUAAACGGCACUGCACUAUAUCUAAUUUUUAAUUACAUAACUAUUUUGCUUUCAAAAUCUAGUCAAGUGCUUUUAACUAACAAAAUCCGUCGAGAAUUACUCGUACUUUUGACUAUCACUAAUCUCUUAGCGACUGUGUACUUGUAUAUAAUCCGUAAUCAUUUUUAGGGUUCCGUAACACUGAGGCCAAAAAAAGUUUCUCAAGACUCUUUUUUGAUCUGAUCUAUCUGGUGGUACAGAACCCUCAGUGCGAGAGUAAUUCGCUCUUGAUCGAUUUUUUGUUUUAAUAUUAUUUAUUGUUUGCAAAAAAGAUGGUCAAAGAUAAAAACACUUUUGACUCCUUUUGUUAAUCAAAAGUACUUUUGACUGUUUGAGUUUGACAUACUUAUCAGGCUGCCUGUCCACCAAACCAGAGAAAGGGAGCGUAGCGGAGAAACAAACUAACGCAGGCGGAGUUACGUACUCUGUCUGUCCAUCGGAGCGGAACGAAGUGACUUCCCGAAGAAACUUUCUCGCUCCGUUUCCCCGCUCUGCUUACCGGUUAUAUGUUUUUUUUAUUAAUCAACCCGCAAGUCCCUGUCUACUUAAGAGGAGCGGAGAUUUUGUGCAAUCCUAUUGGUUAAUAUUUCUCCACCCUGUCUCCGCGCUCUGCUUACCGGUUUUAUAUGAAUUGUUUAAACUAGCCCGCACGUCCCUGUUCACUCAAGAGGAGCGGAGAUUUAGUGCAAUCCUAUUGGUUAAUAAUUCUCCGCUUCUCGACUCCGCUGUCUCGCUCCGCUUCGGUGGACUGGCAGCCUUAGACUCUGGGAUAUCUGAAUGAUACAUAUUUGGUUACCUUUUAUUCGUUUUCUAUCGAUUUUGUUCUAUUGUUUCGAUCUGUUAAAUUAAUUUUGGGCCCCUUACUUUGCGAUUUCUUUAUACGGCUUCAUAAAUAGCCGACGUCUGCGACUCCGUUAGCCAGAAUUUCCGUUUUCCACAUGGGUUUUGCAGCGUAAAAUGUAGCUAUGUUCUGCUCCAAGUUCUUAUUUACCACUGUACUGAAGUUCAUCUAAAUUGGUUUAGGAAUUUAACUGUGACAAGGUGAUAGACAGACUUAGUAUCGUCUUUACACAUACUCGUAUAUGUAGGUAGGUACGAUGCCGCCUAAAACCCAUUACUGUACCCCGGUUAAAAUAUAUAUUCACCAUUAAUUUCCCCUACUUUUAGGGCUAAAAUAAGAGUAUAUUGUACUAGCAGAUGUAGUUUUACCCGCGUGGUUCCCAUUCCCAUGGGAUCGCGGGUUUAAAAUGAUAUCAUAUGACAGUCAUAACGGAUCUUUCUAUUGGUAAAAGAAUUUUCAAAAUCGGCUAAGGAAAUCCAGGGUUUACCCCCUACAACCUCAUAAACUACCUCAUUAAAAUACAAGUAGCUAUGCGUUGAAUGAACUGUACUCCUUCUAAGGCGGCGCUAAUCAUGUCGCUUAAUAUCAUACUAAUCGUUUGAUGAAAGUCACUUAAUAUCUAAAUAAGAACUUAGUGCAGAACUAUUUAAUUAACUAUAGAUACUUAGAUAUAUUAUAUGUGUAUACUUACUAUGUCGUCGUAUUACUUUGUCGUCCAUGGUUUAUGAGUGAAAGACAGAUAGAUAUAUCAUUCUUCGAAGCAUAUAUCUCUUUAUAUAAAUCUCUGUCGGAUUAUGUACAGACGAGUAUCUUUAAAUUUAAUAAUAUCUGGAAAUAUAAAAAAAUGGAACUAAUUUCUUCCAUUAGCAUUUUAAGCACAGACUGUCAAUAAUAUAUGGCGCCCCCAAUCUAGGGUUUUAUAUUUUUGCUCUGGAUAUAAAUUUUUAUCUGGCACACGCAUUAAUACACAGCUUGUGUUGUGUCUGUGAAGUAAAAGACUAUAGCUUGGCAAAUUCGUUGAUGACACUCCCAUGAUAUGCGGGCGACGAGGGGAAAGACUGCGCGGGUGUGAAAUCGUGCGUGCGGGGAAGUGAGGUGCAUCAGUAGUGGAUUUUUCAUUCAUCGCUACACGCCCCCCGGCCUGCGCGGACUAUCCGGAGUGUUACGAUCGAAUUUUCCAAGCUAUAGACGUUGCACUUAUUGAUAGUAAGUGGCAUCUUGUGUUCAUAGACAAUAGACAAGCUCAAAUCAAAUCAAAUCCUCCAUAGCUCAGUGGUAAAGCGACCGGACUGAUCACCGAGAUGUUGUGGUUCAAUCCCUGACCACUGGACUAUUGUCGUACCCACUCCUAACACAACCUUAACAGUUAACACUACCUUUUCCGACAAAUUGGAGAGGAAAGGAAAUAUUGGUCUUGUUUAAAAAAAGAUUUGGCAAAUAUUUGUGCCAAGCAGCAUUGGUAUGAUCCGGUCUAAAGAGCAUGGUUGCCGGUAGAGUUACAGGCAUAUGAGGCUUACAUAUGCGUCAAGUUGAUGGUCUCAGGACGGCAGUUUACAGGACAUUUCUUCACUGAGAAUGGUCGGUCUGUUUAUAGACUACGGUCUUCCAUUUACCAUCUGCGUGGCUAUUCUGUAACGAUGUAUUAUACAAUUCGCAUGUUCGAUUUUCGAACUCAUCUCUAUCUCUCUCUCUGUUUAACACGAUACUGUAGAAAGAGAAUGAUAGAGGUGAAUUCGAAACACGCACUUGAGAAAUAUCUAUACAACACUUCGUUUCAGAAUAGCUCUCCAGAUGAGCCGUAUGCUUCGUCCAUCAAAUUAUUACUAAAAAAAAAAGUGUGAAGUGCCAGGUAAAAAUUAUUAAGAUUUAUAAUGUAACGUAACAAAGAAUUUUGUGAAGCUUUUUCAUAACAUAAGUACAUAUAUUUUUGUUUUUUUUUUUGCGUUUGAUGACUAACAUAUCAAACGACGGCCAGUUACAUUUGCAUAAGCAUAUUGUAACGAUGCUCGAUUUACUGUUUAAGUUUUUCUUCGUGGUGAUGAAUUUUGUAGAAAAAAUCACUUUUUUUUUCAAUUAAAUGUUCAAAUUGCCCGCUGUGGCUUCAUAAGAUAUAACUGCUUAACUUCGUACAAAGUACACUUAACAAAUGUUUGUAAAAUAUCAGGAUCACGAUUAGUAUGCCACAGAUGAAUAUUAAGCUAGACACCGUUAUGUAAAUAAUUUACUUUGCACCUAUCACAUUCACACUACGUGCUCGUGUAGUCGAUGGACCAAAAGACAUGAUGUUGCACUGAAAAGUGACUGGAAAUGAGAUCUUGCGUUGAUUCAUAGACAGUACACCAGUUCAAUGUUUGAAAGUAAGGCUAAGGUAACAAUCAUGUAAAAAUCAUAAACCAUUUUAAUCGCCCAACUCGUUGGUGGUCCAUAAUAUUUUAAGAAUAACGAACCGCCUUCACAUAUUUAUAUUAUCUAAAACAUCCCUAAAAUAUGUAUAUUGUAUUUAAAUAACUAAAACCGUAUCAUUGUCGAUACGGUUUUCGUGUAUCAGAAAAAAUAUUGAACAAUUUGAAUAGUUAUUUUUUAAAAGCUGAUUAUAAUAUCGGUCUUAGAUAUACUAACAAUAAAAAUACCUAAUUAAAAUUAGAAACCAUGUAAAAUAGGAGCUUGGCACUGAUCUCUCGAACUGGUUUCGAUGGUCGAAUGCGGUUUCUAGCUUUAAUAUAACUCUGUGGCUCUAUGCAUAACUAAUCCUAACAUUGCUAGGUAGAUAUAAUGAAAAAAACACCUCAACAACUAAUUCUAUUUAGGUUUACAUUAGAUAUAGAGCAAUCGAUAUCUAAUCAUUUGUUAAUAUAAAUUCACUUUUGAGAGUUUUUUUUUUGUAUUAAGCCUAAUAUUUUGUAAGAUAAACAUUCGUUGAGUUAUAAAAACCUUUAUCUUUGUA